GGAUCGUGCAUCUUCGCCAGCGGCAGUCCCUUUCCACCGCUGCGUCUGGAUCCCAGCGAUGUUCCACCGAACACCUCGGUGACCCGCAAGCCCGGCCAGGCAAACAACGCCUACAUCUUCCCGGGCAUGGUGCUGGGCAUCGUCGCCACGAAGAUACACCCAGUCACGGAGUCCGAUUUUAUCGUCGCUGCUGAGGCGCUGUCCGAGAACGUCCCGGACGAGGAGCUGUGUCAGGGCAACCUCUUUCCACCAUGGUCCAAGAUCCGCAGCGUCUCCUACGCGAUAGCCAAUCACGUGGCUCACAACGCCUUCCGUCAGGGGCGCUGUUGGCUGAACCGCUGCAACGGGCCGGGAGGCCUCAAGGAAGAAGACAUCGACGAAAUCGUUCUUCACACCGCCAACUACCCCGACCCUCUACCUGCGAGGUCGAUGAAGCCGUAA